AUGUUAGGCUCUUUGACCAUUAUUGUAGCUCACCAUAUGUAUGCUAUGCCUCCUUAUCCAUACCUAGCUACUGACUAUGGUACACAACUGUCAUUGUUCACACAUCACAUGUGGAUUGGGGGCUUUCUCAUAGUUGGUGCUGCUGCACAUGCAACCAUUUUUAUGGUAAGAGACUAUGAUCCAACUACUCGAUACAACGAUCUAUUAGAUCGUGUUCUUAGACAUCGUGAUGCAAUCAUAUCACAUCUCAACUGGGUGUGUAUAUUUUUAGGCUUUCACAGUUUUGGGUUGUAUAUUCAUAAUGAUACCAUGAGUGCUUUAGGGCGCCCUCAAGAUAUGUUUUCAGAUACCGCUAUACAAUUACAACCUGUCUUUGCUCAAUGGAUACAAAAUACUCAUGCUUUAGCACCUGGCACAACAGCCCCUGGUGCAACAACAAGCACCAGUUUGACUUGGGGCGGUGGUGAUUUAGUGGCAGUGGGCGGUAAAGUAGCUUUGUUACCUAUUCCAUUAGGAACUGCAGAUUUUUUGGUACAUCAUAUUCAUGUAUUUACUAUUCAUGUAACGGUAUUGAUACUCCUAAAAGGUGUUCUAUUUGCUCGUAGCUCACGAUUGAUACCGGAUAAAGCAAAUCUCGGUUUUCGGUUCCCUUGUGAUGGCCCUGGAAGAGGGGGGACAUGCCAAGUAUCCGCUUGGGAUCAUGUCUUCCUAGGAUUAUUUUGGAUGUACAAUGCAAUUUCUGUAGUAAUAUUCCAUUUCAGUUGGAAAAUGCAGUCAGAUGUUUGGGGAAGUAUAAAUGAUCAAGGAGUAGUAACUCAUAUCACAGGAGGAAACUUUGCCCAGAGUUCGAUUACCAUUAAUGGGUGGCUUCGCGAUUUCUUAUGGGCGCAGGCAUCCCAGGUAAUUCAGUCUUAUGGUUCCUCAUUAUCGGCAUAUGGUCUUUUUUUCUUAGGCGCCCAUUUUGUAUGGGCUUUUAGUUUAAUGUUUCUAUUCAGCGGGCGUGGUUAUUGGCAAGAACUUAUUGAAUCCAUCGUUUGGGCUCAUAAUAAAUUAAAAGUUUCUCCUGCUACUCAGCCUAGAGCCUUGAGCAUUGUACAGGGACGUGCUGUAGGAGUAACACAUUACCUUCUGGGUGGAAUUGCCACAACGUGGGCAUUCUUCUUAGCAAGAAUUAUUGCAGUAGGAUAA